AUGUGGGCACUUCGCCGAGCUUCGAAUUCUCUCAAGUUGCAAGGAGUGAGGUUAGCAACAGGUCGAGCCGGAUGUGUUAAACUGGAAACCAUCUGUGGUCAAUUGGAAGUGAACACUAAUAUUUACGAAACAGCUCCUUCAGCAGCAUACUCUACUUCUCUGUUUCCUCGCACUGCUACCGUGUCUUCAAAGCUCUGUACUGGGAUGCGCGGCUUGUCUUCCCAGGCUGGCGCUGACACUAGUAGUUCAUCUGAAGAUGAUAGUGACGAUGCAUUCUCUGAGCUGGAAGGUCCAGUGGUCAGCUCUGAUGCAGUUCAAGGCAAGAGGACUGCAUUUGAAGGAAAUGAAGAUGAAUUAGUUUCUGACCCUGACCUUUCUGAUGAUGAUUUCAUGGAAGAGGAUUCUCGGGAUGCAUUGGAAAUGUUGGAUACCGAAGCAGAUCCUGCUGAUAAGCUUUUGACAAGGAAGAAAGUCCCUUCAGAACUGUUCAAUGCCAUUGUUAAGGAUCCGAAUUCGCCCAUCGAAUCUGUUCUCAGUAAGUGGGUGGAAGAAGGGAAGGAGCUUGGAAAGCAAGAGGUCACUGCAGCCAUCCAUAGUUGUCGCAAACGUCGGAUGUUUGGGAGAGCAUUGCAGCUAUCUGAGUGGCUAGAGAAAAAAGAUGAAUUUGAUUUCAUUGAAAGGGACUAUGCUUCUCGCGUUGACUUGAUUGCCAAGGUACAUGGCCUGCAGAGUGCAGAGAACUACAUUGACAAGAUCCCAAAAUCAUUCAGAGGAGAAGUAAUCUACCGAACUUUUCUAGCAAACUGUGUCAUAGCAAGCAACGUAAAAAAAGCUGAGGAAGUGUUCGACAAAAUGAGGGACUUGGACUUCGAAGUCACGGCAUUUGCCUGCAACCAGCUCCUCCUCCUUUACAAGAGACUUGAUAAGAAGAAGAUAGCUGACGUCUUGCUCUUAAUGGAGAAGCAAAACGUCAAGCCCACACUUUUCACCUACAUGCUCCUGAUCGACACCAAGGGCUUGUCAAACGACAUGACAGGUAUGGAGGAGAUCAUCGAAACCAUGAAGGCCGAGGGACUCGUACCGGACCUCAGGAUUCAAGCCAUCAUGGUUCGACACUAUGUAUCUGGUGGGCUCCAUGAAAAGGCUGAGUCAAUUCUGAAAGAGAUGGAAGGUGGCAACUUGAAGGAACAUCGAUGGCUUUGCCGUGUGUUGCUCCCUCUCUACGCUUCCCUAGGGAAGGCUGACGAGGUGGCUAGGAUUUGGGAAAUCUGCAAGUCGAGCCCGAGACUAUCCGAGUGUGUCUCAGCAAUCGAGGCAUAUGGGAAACUGAAGCAAAUCGAGCAGGCUGAGGCCGUUUUCAACAAGAUGCAACAGAAAUAUAAGAAGCUAUCUUCCAGACAGUACUCCCCUCUCCUGAGGGUCUACGCCAACCAUAAAAUGCUCUCCAAGGGGAAGGAUCUGGUGAGGAAAAUGGGGGAGAAUGGCUGCAGAGUCGGACCACAGAUCUGGGAUGCGAUGGUCAAGCUAUACGUGGAGGCAGGCGAAGUCGAGAAGGCUGACUCCAUGCUGCAGAAGGCGGUGGUGCAGAACAAGAUGAAGCCGAUGUUUAACUCUUACAUGAUGAUAAUGGAACACUACUCGAAAAGAGGCGACGUGCAUAACACCGAGAAGAUGUUCGUCAGGAUGAGGCAGUCCGGUUACGUGGCUCGUACGAGGCAGUUCCAGGCUCUGGUGCAGGCUUAUGUGGCUGCUAAAGCGCCGGCUUAUGGGAUCAGGGAAAGGAUGAUGGCCGAUAACAUCUUCCCGAACAAGGCGCUGGCUGCUCAGCUGGCUCGGGUUGAUGCGUUUAGGAGGACUCCAGUGUCCGAUUUGCUCGACUAG